AUGAUGGCCGCCGAGCCCUCGCCGCCGGCCGCCUCCGUCUCCGCCGCCGCGGACGACCUCGAGACGCUCGCCCUCGACUCCGCCUCCUCCUCGCCCUCCACCGACCCGCUCCUCCGCCCGCCCUCCUCCUCCAACGGCGCCGCCAACCACCACCAGCCCUUCGUCAUCGACGACUUCCUCGAUUCCGACGAUUCCGACGACAACGCCCCCCCGCCGCCGCCCCCCAGCUCACGCGCCCCAUCCGCCACCUCCACCGAAGCCUCCCCCGAGUACGCCCUGAUCACCGUCUCCGACCCGAAGAAGCACGCGGAGCCCGUCGCGGGGGCCGCCGGCGUGAUCCCGGGCUCCGGGAGCUACUUCUCCUACCUCGUCACCACCCGCCUCGCCAGCACCUCUGACGCCGCCAGCGAGUUCCGCGUGCGCCGCCGCUUCCGCGACGUGGUGGCCCUCGCGGACCGCCUGGCCGCGGCCCACCGCGGCGUCUUCGUGCCGGCCCGGCCCGACAAGAGCCUCGUGGAGGGGCAGGUCAUGCAGCGCCACGACUUCGUCAUCCAGCGCUGCACCGCGCUGCAGCGCUACCUGCGCCGCCUCGCCGCGCACCCCGCCGUCGCCGGCAGCCCCGACCUCCGCGCCUUCCUCACCGAGCCCGGCGCCGCCCCCGCCUUCCAGCGCGAGGCGCCGCGGUACUGGGCCACCACGGUGAACGCCGCGAUUCAGCAGGUCCCGGCGAAGGCCGGGAGGGACCUGUUUGGGAUGUUCAAGGAUUUGAAGCAGACCGUCGUGAAUGGGCUGGUCGCGACGAAGCCGCCGCCGGUGGAGGAGGAGACUGAUGCGGAGUUCCUGUCGCACAAGUCCAGGCUCCAGGACUUGCAGCAGCAGCUCACCACAACUUCUCAGCAGGCAGAAUCACUUGUUAAAGCUCAGGAUGAUCUUCGAACAACUACAGCUCAUUUGGGAAUGACAUUGCUUAAGCUGGCAAAGUUUGAAAGGGAGCAGGCAACAUGUAUUUCCCAGAAAAGACGAGCUGUUUAUAUCCACAAUUUUGCAAAUUCUGUUGUCAAGUUCAGCAGAUCUCACGCAAAAUUAAAUUCUGAAAUUGUACAUCACCUGGAUAGUAUCCAUGAUUACUUGGAGAUGAUGAUAUCUGUUCAUCAUGCAUUUACUGAUCGUUCAAACGCUUUACAACAUGUGCAAAGUCUGUCCGCAGAUCUAUUUUUCUUGCACACCAGGGCAGGAAGACUUGAAUCUGUAUCAUCAAGAGGUAUUGGGCAGGAAUGGACCCGGUAUCAGAAGAUAGAGGGAUUAAAAGAAACAAUAAGCGCAACAGAAGAAGCGAAAAACAACGCUCUUAGAGAAUAUGAAAGUAUCAAGGAAAACAACAUGAUUGAAAUUAAAAGGUUUGACAAUGAUAGGCGCAGGGAUCUUAUCGAGAUGCUGAAAGGAUUUGUUGUAAACCAGGUUUCGUAUUCGGACCAUUUUGCCACUAUGUGGGGAAAGGUAGCAGAGGAAACUAAAGUAUUUGCAAACAGGAGCAACUGAUGCUGCUCUGAUUUUAACUGAUGCAGCCAUUCAGACAUGCGGCGGCUCUGUGUACAGUGAUAGCAUAGCAGUGGAUUUUGAUCGACCUAUGUUGCUCCGAUUUUAACACCGACACAACCUUUCUUGUUCUCAACAGUUUUGCGACCCUGGUUUCAUUGUAAUGACAACUGAGUUCUGUACAAUUGCGUGAAAUUUAAUUGCGGCGAGUGGUACACCAACUAA